CCGGCAGAGUAAUGCUCAGUGCGACCUGUCAUUGAAACUGUUUCAUUGUCGGACGUCUGACAGUUAUUUGUCUGUAUUCGGGUAUAAUCAGGCAGAAAACGAUUGCCAUCGUAACUGGACGAAUAACCACCAAUUAGCUCUCUCCACGUGCGCCGGUGCUGCCUUCAUGUUCCAACAAUGAACGGAGGGAAAUUAAAAUAGAAACUAGGCUUUAUAUAGCCUUGGUUUUUUUUGCUGUUUACUGACAACUUACUGGCUCAAGGAUGGCAGGAAUACCUGACCAUAAACAAGAUGAAGUGGGCCUCGGGGAUCCAAUGGUUCGUUUCCACAGCUUCUUGCACGGAGGGACCUCCAGCUUGCUAUCUACCCUCCCCACCCUCAUUGUUUUCCCUGUCUACAAAACGGUUUUCCGUCAACAAAUCCACAACACUGCAGUUCACCUGGCAGUGGAACAGCUCUUCAAAGAGGGACCUGUAAAGCUCUACAGAGGCGUGGCCCCGCCAUUACUGAUGAAGACCCUGAAUGGCACGCUGCUCUUUGGCCUCCAGGACACCCUCGUCCACCAGUUCUCCCUGUCAUCCCAAAAUACCAUCUCCACCUCUGCCUUGGCUGGGUUUGGUGCAGGUAUGGUAGAAGCUGUGGUUUUUACCCCCUUUGAGCGUGUCCAGAAUGUGUUGCAAAACAGCCAAAACGACCGCCAUCUACCCACCCUGAAGAGUAUUCUUGUCAGGCUGAAUACACAGAAGCCGGCCUUAGGGUACUACAAAGCCUUGCUGCCCAUCACAGCUCGCAACGCUCUUGGCAGCUCUAUCUACUUUGGUCUGAAGGGGCCGUUGCGUACUGUCGUGGAGAGACAGGGGCUCUCUCAGGUGGUUUCUUCCUUCAUCUCAGGGACACUGACCUCCAUGGCAAUCAGCUUGACUCUUUACCCGCUGUCUGUGCUAGUGGCAAACAUGCAGGCACAGGUGGGAGGGGAGGUGAAAGGGGUCAUGGCUUGUUGGGGGACACUGUGGGAAUCUCGGCAGCGUAGUGUGGCUCUGCUGUACAGAGGAGGUUCUCUGGUUAUUUUGAGAUCAUGCAUUACAUGGGGAAUCGCCACUGCUAUCUAUGACAAGCAGCAGAAACGUGAAGGCUGAAGUGACAUGGUUGAAAAAUGUUGGUUGUAUUGGUUACAAUCCAGAAAACAGUGCAACUAUUUUAUAUGGGUUUUUUUCACUGCGAACUCACUGUUUUGCUGGUGAGUAAACAGCCAUGUUGCUAUUUCAAUGCACAUUCAUCAGCAAACAAGGGCCUUGCCCACUCCCCAUUCAUUACUACCUCUAACCAUUAGGCCUUUUUCACAGCAGACAUUUUGCCUUGUCAUAGUAGGAAAAUCACAGGUAUUACAUAUAACAUUAACGGCUGUGCUCUAUUCAAGUGUCCCACUAAGGCAUAGGUCACUACCAGGCGGACCGCGGUCCGAGUCUGGACCCAGACGCCGACCUGUACGGACCCGGACCUAUAAUCAAUAAAUUAUUGAGGGAUUUUCAAUU